AUGUCAACCAUGACGACAGUGGACGGCACGCUGAUGGCGACGGUCGCCCAUCCGCACGUGCAGGCGCGCACCAUCGGCAUCAACCACGAGGAGGCGUUCCUUGAGAAGUGCCGCCGCUUCACGGACGAGGAGCAGAACGCAGUGGAGGGGGCCGCAGCGAAGAUACGCCAGAGUCGCGUCGAGGUUGAUAAGCUCUCGGCCAAAUACGACAACGCCGACUACAUCAAGAUGCUGCUCAGUGCGUCAGAGAAGAACAGCAAGGGGAACAUCGUAUGA